AUGUCCCUUCCGCCUCCUCCAGGUCUCAGACAGACUCCCUCGUCUCUUCCGCCCCGCCCACCUCCAUCCUCCAACACCGCACAGCCUCCCGCCAAUUCUGCAGGCCAUGGCAGAUCUCGACCCACAGGCUAUAGUGCCUUCACGGCGUUCCAGCCGCGCGCGGUAGCCUCCAGUCAACCGCAUCGCGCCACCAGCCACUCGGUCUCGAAUCCCCCAGUCUCUGCUGCCGGAUACGCAACACCCGCCAACAGCUACGUCAGCCACUAUCAACAACCACAGGCAUACCAGGGUGCGCCUUCGUACUAUGGACAACCUCAAUACGCUGACAACACAUACGGCCCCACCGUCCCACACAUUGCGAAUCCAUUCGGAUCUACGCCCAACCAGACCAACUCAGGGUAUCAGAAUGGCAACGCCCCUGGCUUUGAUGCAGAGACGGAAGCUCAAAUUGCGCAGUGGCAGAGCGCCUACACCAAACCCACUGAAGAUUCCGCCAAGCACCAAGGCAACCAGUCCGGUUCAGGCGUGAACACGGGAGCUGGAACUCCAACCGUCGGCGCCGGCACUCCUAUCCCGCAGGCCGAGUCACAAAAGACAGUCAUUCGUUCCGGUGGUGGUGAAACAUGGACCGACCCCACUCUCCUGGAGUGGGAUCCGGCACAUUUCCGUCUGUUUGUGGGUAACCUUGCAGGCGAAGUGACGGAUGAGUCUCUCCUGAAGGCAUUUUCUCGCUACACAUCGGUCCAGAAAGCACGUGUCGUCCGAGAGAAACGAACCCAGAAGAGCAAAGGCUAUGGAUUUAUCAGCUUCAGUGGAAGUGAGGAUUACUUCAAAGCGGGUCGAGAAAUGCAAGGAAAGUACAUUGGUUCGCACCCGAUUUUACUACGCAAAGCCGAGACCGAGGUUCGCCCAGCUUCGAACCCCAAGUAUGGAAAGAAGGGCAAAGGCAAGGGCCCCAGAGCAGACAAUGCCGGAGCCGGAGCAGGUGGAAAAGUGAAACACGACGGUGUCAAAAAGUCCGCCAAAACCAAGGGAGGUUUGAAGAUCCUGGGUUAA